CCCGUUUUUCGCGGUUUCCCCCUUAGGCGGCAUGCACAUGCAUAACUAUCUCUUGUGCUUUUAUUAUUUUUCACCUUCUCCCCACUACCAAUUAUACCAACGCCUUUGACAAGUUAUACUAUAACUACACAGAAACUCGGCGUGGUCUAUACAUUACUUCUAAUCACGUUGACACAUUUUCAACAUGUCUUCGCCUUCCAAUCGUCGCACACGAAGUUCGCAAGCCGGUACUCCAGGCCGGACCACACGAAAUUCCUUAGCCCCUUCAAGCAGUCCUGCAAAUGGAGGUUCAUCCCAAAAUGGAGCGCCAAAUCGUCCUUCACAACUAGUAUCAAGCCCUCUAUUUUACCAGUCAUCUCCUGCAAAUGGAAAUGACAGAAAUUCUCCUGCAUUGCGUCACAAUACCGACAGCCAAAGUACCAACCCGAAUCAGAAUGCCGCACCUAGUUCGCCCCUACAACAUAUGGCAGGGAAUGAUGGCGAUCGCACACCUAGAGCCCGAUCCAUGAUGGGUGGUGAAUCGUCACCCAUCCGCUACGAAGCAAGCUCAAGUCCAGGCCGUGCCUUGAACCCGCAAUCCGAUCUUCGAAGCGAAAGCAGCAACUUAUUCGUGGGCCCGUCUGAUACCCCAAGGGCCAGCCGAGUGAACCGAAGAGGUGAUAUCAAUUCGGAGAUAUUUAGUAGCACUGGACGAAGUGGCGGUAGCCGUGUUAUUCUAGACGAUGCUGGGCGCGUAGUUCGAGAGAUACAUUCUGAUGCCGCAACUUUUUCCAACCUGAAUCCAAACACCACUGAUGCCGACGCACUCGGUGGUCAAGAUAAUGCGACAAUCUGGGGUACUACUGUCUCCAUUGACGAUACCUACGCCGCGUUCAAGGAUUUCCUACGAAACUUCACCAAAAAGUACCGUAUGUGGAGCUUAGGGAUGACGACAGAAGAGACCGAUGCUGAGCCUGAUGCUACUUCUAAGCCAUACUGGGAGGAGCUUCAGAAUAUGCUUAUUCUCGGCCAACGAAUCCUGUACGUAAACGUUCAGGACUUCAAGCUAUACCCGCCUACCAGAAAGAUGUGGCAUCAAAUCCAGCAUUAUCCCCAGGAAAUCGUGCCAUUGAUGGACCAGUCCGUUCACGACUUGAUGAUUGAGCUUGCCCAAGCUGAAAUGGUCAAACAACGAAGCCAAAGCAAUGGAGCUUCAGCCACGCAACCCAGUGUUCCAAGUUCCGAUAUGCACGUUCCGAGUUCAGAACGUGGUGAUGAGCCCCAAUCUUCGCAACGACCUCCACAAGGUCCUACUUUAGAAGAAAAGGUGAUGGAUCAGACGUAUAUGACCAGGCCCUUUGGUUUGGAUGAAAUCACCAACCUUCGGGAUCUUAACCCGUCCGAUAUGGACAAGCUCAUUUGCAUCAAGGGUCUUGUGAUUCGCACGACACCCGUCAUCCCAGACAUGAAGCAGGCUUUCUUCCGAUGCAGCGUCUGCAGUCACUCGCUCCUAGUCGGGUUAGAUCGAGGAAAGAUCAGAGAGCCUACAGAGUGCCCGAGACAGUUGUGCAACUCCAAGAACUCCAUGCAAAUUAUCCACAACAGGUGUGAGUUCGAGGACAAGCAAGUUAUUAAACUACAGGAAACUCCCGAUGCCGUGCCCGCUGGACAGACGCCUCAUUCCGUGUCCGUUUGUGUCUAUAAUGAGCUGGUAGAUUUCUGCAAAGCCGGUGACCGGGUCAAGAUUACUGGUAUCUAUCGCGUAAGCCCAGUCAGGGUGAACCCGCGCCAACGCUCGGUCAAGAGCAUAUUCAAAACCUUUGUCGACGUUGUCCACAUUGCCAAGGUUGAUAACAAGCGAUUGGAUAUGGAUCCUUCAACUCUCGACGAGGACACCAAUGACCCGGAAAAUAACAUCGACGAAGUCCGAAACAUUACCCCCGAAGAGGAGGAGAAGAUCAAGGCUACCGCUGCUCGCCCUGAUAUAUAUGAGCUUCUCUCUCGCUCAUUAGCCCCCUCUGUCUACGAAAUGGAAGAUGUGAAGAAGGGUAUUCUCUUACAAAUGUUUGGAGGAACAAACAAGACUUUUGAGAAGGGAGGUAGCCCGAAGUACCGAGGAGACAUUAAUGUCUUACUAUGCGGUGACCCAUCGACAUCCAAGUCUCAGUUGCUCAAGUACAUCCAUAAGAUUGCCCCUCGUGGUGUGUACACUAGCGGCAAGGGAUCAUCUGCAGUCGGUCUUACUGCGUAUGUUAGUCGUGACCCCGAGACGCGGCAACUAGUGCUUGAGUCUGGUGCUUUGGUCUUGUCUGAUGGUGGCGUCUGCUGCAUCGACGAGUUCGAUAAGAUGUCUGACUCUACUCGCUCUGUUCUUCACGAAGUUAUGGAGCAACAGACAGUCUCGGUGGCCAAGGCCGGUAUCAUCACAACAUUGAACGCCAGAACCAGUAUUUUGGCGUCGGCCAACCCGAUUGGAUCUCGAUACAAUCCUGACCUGCCUGUCCCGCAGAAUAUUGAUCUACCACCUACAUUACUGUCUCGAUUUGAUCUCGUUUACUUGGUUCUUGAUCGUAUCAAUGAGUCGACUGAUCGAAGGCUGGCCCGGCAUUUACUGUCCAUGUAUCUGGAGGACAAGCCCCAGUCUGCCUCCUCUAACGACGAAAUAUUGCCUGUGGAGUUUUUGACUUCCUAUAUUUCAUACGCCCGUACGCACGUUCAUCCGACGCUAUCCCAAGAUGCCUCGCAAGCUCUGGUCGAAGCGUACGUGAACAUGCGUAAACUAGGACAGGACGUUCGUGCGGCGGAGAAGCGCAUUACUGCCACGACUCGUCAGCUCGAAUCCAUGAUCCGUCUUGCUGAAGCACACGCCAAGAUGCGUCUCGCCCCUGUAGUCACCAAAGCCGAUGUCCUCGAGGCGGAGCGUCUUAUCCAAUCAGCACUCAAGACAGCAGCUACCGACUCUCAAGGUCGCAUUGACAUGAGCCUUCUCACCGAAGGCACCAGCGCCGCAGAACGUAAACGCAAAACAGAGCUCAAAGCAGCAGUUUUGCAACUUUUGGAUGAGUUGACCAGUGGAGGACAAAGUGUACGAUGGAGUGAGGUUAGCAGACGAUUAAACGAGGGGGCAAGCAUUCCUGUCGAGCCUGCCGAUUUUGCUGAGGUGAUGAGAGCGCUUGAAAUGGAUGGUUCUAUCACGAUUAGUGGUGAGGGCGCAAGGAGGAGUGUGAGGCGGAUGACGACUGUUGCGUGAAGCUGGUAAAUCAGGGAUAAUAUAUGAAAUGCUACUCUGAUAUAUUGCAUGGUGGGGGUUCAACUUGGCUGGGCACUUUGCCUAUACUCGUUGGCGUCUUGGGGAUUACCUAUGGAGUAGGUAUCGACUACUUUAGGUAUUUAUGACGGGUCAGGGGCAUGAUAUUAUGGAUUUAGCUAAGUUGAAUGAAGUUAAUGAUGGCGCUGAUCGAUAAAGAAAUGGAAAUAGGAAGUAAGGUACCUUGACCUAAUAGUUGUGUGCCUUGAAAGCAUGACUGGUUCCAACCAGGUAUGUGCCAGGAGUAAGUGCUGCGUACAGAUGUAGGUUAUGUAUGUAGACAACACCACGAAUAUGCAAAAGAUGCAGAAAAUGCAGAAAAUGCAGCUCCG